CUUCACAUCCGUUUCUGAGAUCCGCAUCUGAAAAGUCAAGCUGGCAGCAGACGAGUCACAAAGCUUGCAGGAGGAGGGGGAGGCCAACGGAGGACCGGGCGGCCCGGCAGACGGCAUGACAGUGCGUGUUGAGCUGGAGUGGGAGAUCCCCAUGUCAGUGACGCUGCCCAUCCAGACGCAGCCCGACCCGGCGCACCAACCGUUCCCCUUCCUGGACACGACGCUUGCCGACCUGGGCAUCCAAGAGUCAGAGGUGAAGGAGAGGGUGGUGUGGGUCGACACCAAGAAGACCCAGGUUAAGAACAAAGCGGGGAAGCUGAAGGAGAAAGAGAUCAACAUUCUGGAGGUGAGAGUGAAAGCUCAGAAGCCUGGAGACAAACAGCUCCAGGAAGUCCUGUACAGCACGGAGGCCCACACUGACCGCUCCUUCUGUCGCACAGGGAUGAAUAUCCUGCCCUGGAAACACAGACAGGCAGGUGAGAACGGACUGACACCGGUGCAGAUGACGAUGGAGUUGGAAAAACAGCAGCAGCCUGGCUUAACCGAGGCACGGGGACAACGGGAGAUCUGAGGAGCAGUCAGACGCUCCCCAUCACUCGUCCACGGCAAAGCACAUCUUUAGCUCCGUUUCACUCUCGCAUCUAUAUAGAGGAUUCAACACGUCCUCACUUUCUCUUUCCACAGUGAGGCGUGGUUGAAUGGCUUGACAUUAACUGAAGGGCGAAACAUGCCAGCAUUGUAGUAUCAUGUUACAGAAAAGCACAGAAAGAAGCGGAGCGGUUCAGGUCAAAGUUCUUCUGCAUACAAGCGCAGGCUGCUGUGAGCACUAACAGUGUACGGACGCUAUAAUAAGUGCCGUUUUAUUCCGUAUGGCCUAUUAGCUCAGUAUUUAGUCCGUUAGCUCUGGAGGUUGUUACUGCUGUCCACACAAUGGACAGUUGCAGUGUGGGCCCAUUAGAGAAACCCCCUUUGUUAGCAGCAGAUAAAUCUCUGAGUAAGGCAGUGCCAGAAGAGAGCGCAUGGGGAUCAGAAAUUCACAGUCCACUGACUUACACUGGGAGAUGGGAAUGAAAAGUUUAUCAGGAGAUGCAAUUCAUUGCUUCACACUCAAGAUAGCAAAGCCAGAAGUCAAACAGUGGCAAAAAGGGGACAGCAGCAAUCAACAGUAGCACUUUACAGGAAUAACAGGGAAACAAAAUACAAUGGUAAUAACACAGGAUGGUGAACUGUAACUCUUAAAAUAAUAAAACUUAGACAACAUAGCAUGCAUAUAAGCAAAUAAAUUAAAAGUUAAUACUCAUAAGUAUAACUGCUGAAUGUGAUAUAACUAUAUUAGAAUGGCUGAAGUGCUGUUUUUAGAUGGGGAAAUAUCUCCAAUAACUGUUCCAUUUUCCGCCUACAGUAUAAAGAUUCAUUGUUUUUGCUGGCUUUCUCACACCGAGUGGAAGGAUGUGUGCAGGCUAUGAGGCGGAGAUGGCCGAACUAAGUUUGGCCUGCUGUUCUCCGGGAAGCGAGGUCACAGCUGCUUGGAAGUCGGCAGAGUGGUGCUGGGCGAAUGCUUUCAUCAGCAUGACCAAAGUGCCCUGGGUGUCUGUGGGAGGGAGCGGUGAGACGAGAGUUUAGGGAUGACAGAAAAACAAAGAUUGAUUACUAAAACAGCAACAGAAUGCUGAUGAGAGUGCAGGGAGUGACUGAGCAUGCUCAGGGAGGGGAGAAGAGUGUGUGAGAGUGUUUUGACUUUGUUUUUCCAACAACUUUAGAAGCACAAAUCUUCACCUUUAUCAAUGUUUUUGCUGCCAAGGACACGACUGGAAGCAGCAACUAUGGGCUUCAUUACCUUCACAACCUGAAAGGAAAAAAAUAGAAGAAUAUGGUAAUAAUGUUGAAUAUUGUGUCCUCAAAUGUUUAGGUUUGUGCAUCUUGUUGUCAUGUAUGUCUUCAUUAAAUAGUUUGUGUGAUAGUUGAAAUAUGCUGUAUGCAUGCAUA